CAGGCAAGUCGCGGCGUGAUGGUGGUGUCCUUUAACCGAUACCUACCGGUGAUCCUGCCGGAGAUCAACGACAGCGAGCUCGGCGGGCGAGCCGUCGACGUCGGGUCGCCCGAGAUCGGCAAGCAGCGUGCCUCAUACACCGCGAAUGAGACCGUUGCGAGAAGCUGCUCAAUCAACACCACUAGCACCACCACCACCACCACUAUCACCGGCGGUGGUAGCCCGACGACAACCCCCGUGACGACGCCGGCGGUCACGGUCACGACGUCGGCGGUCACGGUGCCGCUAUGUGUCCUGGGUGAGGUACAGCUACGCUUCCUUUGUCCCGACGAUUUGGAGGAGGUUCGCUCGCUCUGUCAAGAUUGGUUUCCGAUAGAUUAUCCAUAUUCAUGGUAUGAAGACAUCACGAGUUCAUCAAGGUUUUAUGCGCUCGCAGCAGUAUACGGUGGAGUAAUAAUAGGGCUGAUAGUCGCGGAAAUAAAGCCAUACGCCAGAUUGAAUAAGGAGGAUCGCGGCAUCUUGUGUUCCAGCCUUGGGAAAAAUUGCCUAGUGGGCUAUAUACUUAGUUUAGGCGUACGCCGCGCAUACAGAAGAAACGGGAUAGCCUCGUUGCUGCUAGAACAACUACUGGCUCACGUCACUGCUCCCGAACGUUUCUCUGUAAAGGCAGUCUUCCUACAUGUACUUUCCAGCAACGCUCCAGCUAUAUUGUUUUAUCAAAGGUGUCACUUUCGAUUGCAUAGUUUUCUUCCGUAUUAUUACUCGAUCCGGGGAAAGUGUAAAGACGGUUUCACAUAUGUUCUUUAUGUUAAUGGCGGACAUGCACCGUGGGGUAUUUGGGAUUGGGUGCGUCAUUUAGCUGGCGCGAUGACCAAUCUUGUACCAUGUAGAAUACCGCGAUGGAUUUGGCAACGUCUUCUGUGGGCAACCACCGUUCUCUCUUACCACAGAUGAUACAUUUUGUGAUUUAUUAUGUUUAAUCAUAUAUUUAUUUUUUUUUAAUUUUAGAGAUGUUAUAUGUAAAGUGCCAUAAAUCAGUUGAUGUUAUGACAGGUUCAAGUAGAUAGUCGCAGGAUGGUCAUAUGAUUUUAUUAUGUAGACAUGUACUAAAUAUAAUGCGAAGUCAAAAACAAAUAUUGAUUUAAUCAUAUUUGCAUGUACGUAAUGCAAACAGAUAUAUAAAUUUGUCUAAAGUUUGGACAGUAAAGCUUCAGAGUAUCUUAGCAUGCUUUUUGUUACUAAGAGUUACUAGUUGUUGCGAAAA